AUGCAUGAUAAAUUCAUCGUUCAUGGAGGUAUGGAUAUUUUUUAUGGUAUCCGUCAAACAGCCGACAAGCUUCUUCACAUCAAAAGCGUCCGCGUCUCAGACCUAGAGAAUUCUAUCAUCCUCUCUCUUGGUAAAGGAGUAAUCGACGGUAAACUUGACAAUCAAUUCUGGCGCAGUCCCGAAUCUUGGUGCAAAGCAAAGCAAAGCAUUUCUUCUGACGUCUUUUCUAUGGGCAUAGUUGCCAUCUACAUUAUGGAUCCACAGAUAUUAUUGUAUAAUGGUUUGAAAAAUGAGGAUUUAGUCGAUCGCGAAGCAUGGAAUCAGAUUUUAAUGGGGCACAUCUCGUUUUUCUGGGACAAAGAUGACUAUCUCGCGUUUCUAGAUCACAUCGGGGAGGAUAAUCCGUUCUUCGAUCGUGGCAGCGAUAUGGCCAAUGACUUUAAGGGCCCGAUGACACCUGUACGGAAAUGGUCGUAUCUUGAUGCAGAGUUUACAGAUGUGGUUGUGAAUCUGGCGAGGUUAGAUCCUGAGAGUAGGCUCAGUACAAGAGAGGCUUUAGAACAUCCGUUCUUUGAUUAUGACAGUACAUUUUAG